AUGUCAUCGAGUCGCCCCGAGCUGAAGUUCUUUGAUAUCUCGGAAGAACGAGGAUUUUACAAGCGCUUCUCGACCCUACCAGAAAAGCCACCGAAAACCAUCAGAAUCGUCGACAAGGGCGAGUACUACACGGUUGUUGGGAAUGACGCGCUGUUUGUCGCGGACAAUGUUUAUCACACAAAUUCUGUGUUGAAGGACUGUCGGAUCGACCCAAGUACGGCGAAAUCAAUCCAAGAGCCAUUGAAAUACGUUACAAUCUCUUCUCAAGUACUCUCAGGAUUGCUGAAACUGUGUCUACUGGAGCAAGGAAUGAAGGUUGAGAUCUAUGACAAAUCCUGGAAGCUGCUCAGAAACGGAUCACCCGGAAACAUCGAGCAGGUUGACGAUUUAAUGAACAUCUCAUUGGAUUCGUCAAUUGUUCUGACAAGUAUCAAGAUUCAGCCUAAUGCCCAAGAGGGCAAUUGCGUCUUGGGCGUCUCCUUCAUCGAUAGUAGCUCUUACAAAAUUGGCAUGUUGGAUAUUGUGGACAACGAAGUCUACUCUAACCUGGAAAGUUUUCUCAUUCAGAUGGGUGUGAAAGAAUGCUUGCUGCCAGAUUUGAGAAGUAACGAAACUGUGGCCAACGAACUGAAAAAGAUGGUGGGCGUGCUGGACCGUUGCGGCUGCGUUUCGACUUUCGUCAAGAACUCGGACUUUUCUCACAGGGACGUGGAUCAAGACCUGGUAAAACUGGUUGGCGACGAGCUUUCCAUGUCUUUGAUGAAGUUUUCCAAUCUGGCACUUGGAUCGUGUAACGCUUUGCUGAGUUAUCUUCAGUUGCUGAACGACGAAUCCCAGCUUGGGAGGUACGAGCUGGUUCAACAUUCUUUGACGGAGUUCAUGAAGCUGGACGCGUCGGCACUCAAGGCCCUCAACAUCUUCCCAACAGGCCCCAGCGGGGCCAGUGGAGUGUCUGUCAGCCACGGCGGCGGAAGCGGAGGAAAGGUUUCCAGUAUUUUCCAGCUGCUGAACAAGUGCAAGACCAACGCCGGCGUACGGCUACUCAACCAGUGGUUGAAACAGCCUCUAACAGACCUUCAGGCCAUCCAAAACAGGCACGAUCUCGUGGAGUUUUUAAUCGACCAACUUGAGCUGAGACAAGUGCUACAGUCUGAUUACCUGCCCUUGGUCCCGGACGUUAGGAGGUUGACCAAGAAACUGAAUAAAAACGGCGGUCUCGAAGACGUCUUGAAGAUCUACCAGUUUGCUCGGAAAAUCCCAGAGGUCUCUCAGGUUCUGGAAGACUACUUGGGCAACAUGGACGGGGGCGACUCCAUCAAGCCCCUCGUGACGGAGACGUGGCUCCAGCCACUUAACGCGCACAUAACGCCCCUCGACAAGUUUCAAGAGAUGGUGGAGACUACGGUCGAUCUCGAAGCGUACGAAGACACUAACGAAUUUAUGAUAAAGGUCGACUUCAACGAGGACCUGGCCAAGAUUCGGGGCGAGCUGGACGCCCUCAAGGACAACAUCAAAAGCAUCCACUUGGAUGCAGCAGAGGACCUGGGCUUCGACCCCGAGAAGAAGCUCAAGCUGGAGAACCACCACAUGCACGGGUGGUGUAUGCGACUGACCAGAAACGAUGGAAAGGCGCUCCGUCAGCACAGGAAGUACCUGGAGCUGACCACGGUGAAGGCGGGCAUUUACUUCAGCACCAGAGAGCUCAAGCAGAUUGCUGAGCAGACCGCAAUCCUGCAGAAGGAAUACGACAGGCUACAGUAUGACCUCGUGAAAGAGAUCGUGCAGAUCACGCUCACAUACACGCCGGUGCUGGAGAAGCUGUCCAUCGUGCUGGCAAACCUGGACGUGCUGAGCGCGUUCGCGCAUGUGUCGUCGUACGCGCCAAUCCCAUACGUGAGGCCCCAGAUGCACGGGCUGGGCACGCAGCGCAAGACAGAGCUGAUCGGCUCGCGGCACCCGGUGCUGGAGACGCUGGACGACGUGACGUUCAUCUCCAACGACGUGCGGCUGGAGAGCGGCAAGAGCGAGUUCCUGAUCAUCACCGGGCCCAACAUGGGCGGAAAGUCCACCUACAUCCGGCAGGUGGGCGUGAUCUCGCUGAUGGCGCAGAUCGGGUGCUUUGUGCCCUGCGACACUGCGGAGAUCGCGGUCGUGGACGCGGUGCUGUGCCGUGUGGGCGCGGGCGACUCCCAGCUCAAGGGCGUGUCCACGUUCAUGGUCGAGAUGCUCGAGACCGCGUCCAUCCUGAAGAACGCCACGGAGAACUCGCUGAUCAUCGUGGAUGAGCUGGGCCGCGGGACCAGCACCUACGACGGCUUCGGCCUGGCCUGGUCCAUCUCCGAGCACAUCGCCCGCAACGUGCGCUGCUUCGCGCUCUUCGCGACCCACUUCCACGAGCUCACCUCGCUCGCGGACCAGGUGCCCACCGUCCAGAACAUGCACGUCAUAGCCCACAUCGAGGACGCCCGCGCCAGCACCCACAGCGCCGACGACAUCACCCUGCUCUACAAGGUCGAGCCGGGCAUCUCCGACCAGUCCUUCGGCAUCCACGUCGCCGAGGUCGUGCAGUUCCCGGCCAAGCUCGUGUCCAUGGCCAAGCGCAAGGCCGCAGAGCUCGAGGACCUGAAGCACGAUUCCCAGGCUCUGAAGCGCCAGAAGUGCUCUGCGGGCGAGAUCGCAGAGGGCACCCGCGUGCUGAAGGACGUGCUCAAGGCCUGGGCCGCCGCGGUCCGCGCCGAGGGCCUGCACGAGAAGCUCUCCGACGACGAGAGCCAGGCCCGCGUGCUGGAGCUGCUGAACCAGGUCUCCGCCGCCUCUGCCCAGACGGACAACAAAUUCAUGAAGGAAAUCGCUGAAUUGCUAAUGUGA